ACUGCGCUCACUCAUACAUUCAUUUAAAUGCCAUGAGGUUUUGAUUUUGGUUAAGUUAGUUAUACUAUACAUAUGGGAGAUACAGAGAGUUGCAACAAUAGAGGUUUGAAUAUCAAUUAUCAUGGUCCAAUUCAGAGUCUCAAAAUUGAAGUUUACAACGACAUUCUCACUCGACUCGUGGAAUUGAAUGCUCCUGAGGCCACUCUUCCUCAUUUUCAAGACGAACUUUGGCUUCACUUCAAUACCCUUCCAACUAGGUAUGCGCUGGAAAUGAAGGUUGAAAAGGCUCAAGAUGUUCUUAUGCAUAAAAGGUUACAGAAUAUGGCAAGAACUGUUGCUAGUAGACCUGCAAUUGAAGUUCGUCUUCUCCAGGUUCGCUCUCCUUCUGGUGUGCAUUCUAGCAAAUCCCUUCAUUCCAACUUACAAACACAAAUCAGUUGCCAAGUCUCUGAUUUUCCAUGCAACAUGAGACCAAUGCAUGAAAUCACAAUUUCAACCAGCGAUAAGCCAAAACUUUUCAGUCAGUUGACUACCUUACUCUCUGAGAUUGGUCUGAACAUUCAAGAAGCACAUGCUUUUUCCACAUUGGAUGGAUAUUCAUUGGAUGUUUUUGUUGUUGAUGGUUGGGCAGGCCAGGAUACUGAGAGACUCAAGCAUGAAGUGACAAAGAAAAUGCAGAAACUCGAGAAAAAUCAGUGGUUUCCCUUGUCUCCUUUUCCCAAGGAGACCGAGAUACUAAAACAUAUUCCAACAAAGAAAAUUAAGAAACUCGAGCAACCCUGGUGCAGUCUUCCUAAGGAGAAACUAGAGAAAAUUGGGAUGAACUGUAAACCCAUCAGUAGAAAUUAUGUAUGGGAAAUUGAUGCAAGCUAUUUAAGAUAUGAGAAGAAAAUGGCCUCUGGAUCAGUCAGUGAUUUGUACAAAGGCACUUAUAUUAAUCAAGAUGUGGCUAUCAAAGUCUUUAAGAAUGGUAGUCUGAAUGGAAAUACACAGAGGGAGUUUUCUCAGGAAAUCUUUAUCCUGAGUAAAGUUCAGCACAAGAAUGUUAUCAAAUUUAUUGGUGCGUGUACAAAACCAAACUUUCAUCUUGUGACAGAAUAUAUGUCUGGCGGAAAUAUGUAUGACUUUCUGCAUAUACAGAAGAGCGUACUUACUCUUCCUUCUUUGCUCAAAGUAGCAAUUGAUGUAUCGCAAGGAGUGAAAUAUCUGCAUCAAAACAACAUUAUACAUCGAGACCUCAAAACUGCCAAUCUUUUGAUGGAUGAGAAGGGGCAGGUAGUUAAAGUUGCUGAUUUUGGUGUAGCUAGAUUGCAAGAUCAAUCUGGUAUCAUGACUGCAGAAACUGGAACAUACCGGUGGAUGGCUCCAGAGGUUAUUCAACAUAAGCCAUAUAAUCACAAAGCUGAUGUUUUCAGCUUUGGGAUUAUUCUUUGGGAGCUUCUCACAAGAAAGCUUCCUUAUGAAGAUUUGUCCCCAUUGCAAGCAGCAGUUGGAGUAGUACAUAAGGAUUUGAGGCCUGAAAUUCCAAGGGAUGCACAUCCAAAGUUAGUGGAAUUGCUUCACUGGUGUUGGCAUAAAGAUCCGUCUUUAAGGCCCGAAUUCUCAGAAGUUCUUAAGUUUCUACAGCACAUGAACAGCAUGAUUACAGGGAAAAAGAAGAAGGUAAAGGUUAAGGCAAAGGGAACACAUAAACAUGACAAGAUAUAGUCAUUGGCCAACGCGACCUUACUUGUGAAAAGCUUGAAGACACCUGUACAUAUAUGCAAAAAUAACACUAUCUGUGUUCAUAAUUCCAGUGGGAUUCAAUUUGUGGUGUAUGAUAUGACUACUAUAAAAAAAAUGAUAUGAACUAAAACCUGAAAAUUGUCUGUAAAUUGUAUUUUGUAUAUAUGUUGUGAAAAUAAAUUAUGCUAGGUUGAUGUGA